CACUAGAUGGCAGUAGAGCUCCACACUUCCUCUGUGUCCCGGGUCGGGGCGUGUUGCUAUCCGGGCUCUCCUUGUCAGACGGACAGAGGCCAAACAGUCGUCUCAACAACAAUCAGUGGACUAAUGUAUAAUCUAUAGUAAAUAUGGAUUUCGACGCUUUAUUCAACGAGAAGACCUUUCAGUUCUCGGACUUCCAGGAGUUUACGUUUCUUCCUGGACACCAGAGGUUGACAGACAGGGUGAGGAAGCGCCUAUACUAUGGCCUGGACAGAGACGUUUCUUUAGAUGCCCUCUCUUGCCCUGUUACAGAUAUCGCUGUAGAAAUCUUCCAGAAGUCUGCCCCAAGCCCAAUACGAAAGCUCCAGAAGAAAUAUGCUGCACAUGUCUCCAGGGAAGCUUGCAUCUCUCCGUGUGCCAUGAUGCUGGCUCUUGUUUACAUUGAAAGGCUCCGACAUAGAAACCCUGAAUACCUACAAAAGAUCUCCUCGUCUGACCUCUUCCUGAUCUCCAUGAUGGUUGCCAGCAAGUACCUGUACGACGAGGGAGAGGAAGAAGAGGUUUUCAACGAUGAGUGGGGAGCAGCUGGGAAGUUGGACGUCAAAACUGUCAAUAACCUGGAGAUGAACUUCUUGAAUGCCAUUGAGUGGAGCCUCUUCACGGAGCCAAAUGACUUAUUCGAUUUACUAAGUCAAAUGGAAACCAGCAUUGCAGAGCGUCAGGGAAUGAAGCGCGGCUGGUUCACCUACACCGACCUCUGUGUGCUUCUGGAACAAUCAGCGUGGAGCCAAGCCCUCGCAGCCAUCUGCCAGCACUUUACCAAGGUCUCCUGUAUGCUCGGCCUGGUGUAUCUGACCAGUGUGGCCGGACUGAUCGCCACCAGCGCCGUGCUUCACCAGCUCAGUCUCUCCAGAACCGGAGAGACCUUGACUCCAGCUGAGAUUAGCUCGACCAACCUCCAGACCUCUGACCUGAAUGAAAUAGCUUCUCCUACAGCCCCGCGCCUCCCCUGCUGUGUUCUAGCUAACGAGAGUGUGAACCCUCAGACCGGUACUCUUCCAAUCGACCAGGAACAAAUGCAAAAUCGACCACCUGUUACCUCACAGACGUCAGUGUUGUGUCUCUGGGGCUCCCUCCUCGCCUCAAUGGGUCACAUACAUCCUGAAACCGAUUCUCCUCACACCUGGUCUCCUGUCUCCUUAUUCUGUCCCGGCUGUCUCGCGUCGCUCCCUCGUCUUGAGUGCGGGCUUAGAAACACCUCAACACUCUUUCCUCACGGCCCCCUCGAUAACCAGGCAUCGUGGCUCCUCGGGGGGGCCGAACCAGGUCUGAACUCUCGCCUGGGGGCGUUCCCCCCUAUACAGCUGGGACCCUGUCGUCCAGUAGAGUCCAUGCUACCUGUCGAGAAAGCUCAAGCUCUGCUCAUGCCCGGCUAGCGACUGCGGAACCGCUGUCGACCUGUGGUGACGGACUCUGGAAAUGAAACCAGCAUUAUACUCAUGACUCAUAAAGCAGUUUGACGUCAGGUUUUUGUGUACUUUUCCAGAUCUAGAAUACAGGGGCAAAGGCGAGAGGUGUAGGCACAGAAGGAGUGAGGGGGUGGAGGAUCACAGCAUAGCACUGCAGUAUACAUUCGCCAUAAAUAAAAUGCCAUAGUGUUCCCUUAGUUCCCUGCUCCUGGUUUAAGGUAGUUUGUUUUUCAUUGGCUGCAACCAAGCUGUUCUGCUUAGCAUAUUUUUCAUAUUGUUUGGACGUUCAGAUAAGUCAGGUGGUAAUGUAGGGCAGUUGGGGGUGUGAUGUUUUGAGUUAUUAUAUAACAGCUGAAAUAUUAAGGCUGCUUGUUACUAGGCAAGUUGAUGAAAGUGUUGGGAGGUUUCGCAGCAUAUCUGAAAGUUCAGUUAUUUUAAGUUCGCUCCGUGAGAAGAAGGGAUUAAACCAGUUUACUUUUGCUUAUCCAUAUUUGCCUAGUGUUACCAUUUAUUUUUCCUUCAUACAACAGGAGCGUUACAUCAAACAUGGGUCACACAGCACUGAUUUCAUACACCAGAUAUUUCUUACUUUGUAAACAAAUUGUCUCUCUUUGGACGACCCCCUUUACUCAAGAGGAAGCGUCAGAGAAAGGAAAAAGACAAUUUCAAUACAUCUCCAUACCUCAGUGUAAGUAAUUCUGGUCAUUUCUAGCUUGUAAACCUUCCAGAUUCUUUAUGGACCAGUAUGUCACACAACCUUAAUGCCAUUUGUAACAGGGUAAUGUAGCCACAUUUAAGAGAUUAGCAUACAUGGGGUAAAAAGGAUUGGUUUUCAUGGAUACGGUUUCUGCCGGGUGCUUCUGAAGUUAACAUUUAGAAUGUGACAAGCUAGCAGGAGUGUUUCUCUGUUGAUGCAGUCUGAAACUUGCACAUCCGGCUCCAUUUUCACUGCAACAGGACACUUCACUCCAUUAUAACACCGGAGGAAAAUGUGAAUAAUCAGUUCUAUUUUCAUGUACAGUGAUUCACAUUUCCUUUGUAAUUGAUACUUAUAUAAAAUCGCUCUGGACAUCUGAAUUUGAUACGGCACGAAGUCCUUUAAUUUUGUACAUGGUGUAAAAUGCAAAUAUUGUACAAAUCUGUAGAAACAACUAAUAAAGGAUGCAUUUCUUUGUGA